CGCGGCGCGGCGCUCGCUAAACUCAGGCGCGCACAGACGAUCCGUAUUAUAAAAAUAAAUCACAGAACUUCUAGAAAACUGUGCCAAAAAUUUCAAAAUUAGAGAGCAUUUAGACAGUACGCAGAAGUGAUUUCAUGCCGACAUUUGUGUAAUCUAGAACUAAACUAAACCAAUUUGCACAAAUAUAGUAAUUAUAAUAAUAAUAAGAAUGUCUACAAUGAGUCUCGCACGGAAGGGCAGUAACAGCAGCAUUGAAGUAGCAGGAGGAGACAAGUUGAGAGCUACGCAGAAGGCAGGCUGGAAAAUUGAUGAGAAUGAGAAAGCCUGCUACAUAGAUAUAGACGAAGACGACGAUGAUAGUGAUGAUCAGAGAAACGACGGAAAGCGUGUGUAUUCACGAUGGUGCUACUUGCCGGAUUUGCUGUUAGAAGAAAUAUUCUCCUACCUUACACCAAAGGAACGCUACUAUGCCAGUUUGGUUUGCCGCCACUGGUACGGCGCCUUCUAUUUGCCGACCGUAUGGAACAACUUUGUGGUUGAUGACCGCACACUGACCCGCGCCAAAUACAAUUAUUACUCGGGUUGGCAAUAUUGUCUCGAUCAUAUGCGCACACAAAAUUGCCUGGCUCGCAUCGGACGGCAUUUGCGAGGCAUAGAGUUCCGGCCAUGGCAUAGCUUCAACAAUAUUUAUCAGUUCAUGUCAAUGCUGUCAUGGAGCAUGGAUAAGGGCACCGAAUUGAAUGCCUCACCCGAACUCCGCGGUAUGGGUUCCCGCAUACGCUCCUUAGUAUAUCACUUUCCUUGCAACAUGUCUCAGCCCAACGAUCCUGAAGGCAUUAAGCUAUUUGGCACAGGAGGCCAAUUACUCAAAGGUCUAAAGGAACUACUGCUACGUCUAACUGAACUGCACACUUUGAAACUUGUUGACUUUGUCUUAGAACGGUUUGAAGCGAAUCAUCUGUUGGACGAAGUAGUCUGCAGUUGCUGCACCAAAAUGCGUGUACUCAACCUGGUCAAUGUGACUACGACACACUGCCCCAUCAUGCAUGUGGGUCUAUUUCUGAAUCUUCAGAUACUAACCAUUUCGCCACAAAACAUUGACGACGAUGUACUCUCUCUACUGGCCGAUACAAAGCUGAGACAUCUGCAUUUGCUUCAGAACUGCUACACACCCAACCAUCUCACCAUCAGCCCCUGCAGCGCCAAAGCGUGGCGCAAUGUAAAAAAAAGUAAUCCACGUAUGCGGGUACACCUACGCCUCGAGAACCUUGUGGAUGGCGAAGUGGUUCUACAGCCAGAGGCACCAGUGCACAGCAUCACCUAUUGGGCACCCCAAGCACGCGUUCAUGCCGAGCUGCUACUGCGAAUGGUCGACAACUACAAAAAUACGCUGGCCGUCUAUGGCCACCAACUCCUACCGCGCUUCACCAGCCCCAAGCCGUUUCACAACCGCAUCGACAGCUUGCUGCUACUAAUGUGCCGCCAAUGCUGCUAUUUGGACACUUUCAUCAUACGUGAAAAAAUUUCGACUUCAACUCUGCUGCUGCUGGCGCGUACGGCCAAGAACUUGCGACAGUUGCAUGUUCGUCGCUUCGCCGUAAUUAUAAGAUGCGACUGGCCGCGGCAUCCGGAAUGGAGUGAUGAAUAUUAUUUGUGGCUGCGGCGCAAUUCGCGGUCCUAUGAGGCAGUGGAGCGCGAAAUUUCGCAAAUAUUAGGUUUCAAGUGGCGCUUGCUGAGCGAUCGCGACUUUAAGCAAUUGACGGUGAAUUGUAGGGCCGGCACGUAGACAUAGCAAGCCUUUCCCUUUCUUCACUUAAUUUGUGAUACACGGUGUUGAGCUUUAAUAUACUUGUAUGUAUGUACGUGUGUGUACUGUAUGUAUUACUCGAAUCAAAAACAAUUAAAUUUCUGUAGGAAACCCCCGAAGAAUAUUGCCAGGGUGAAAACAAUCUUUCAAACCGCCUCUAGACUAAGUGCAACUGUAUAAAGUAUUUUGUUUGUGUACAUUUUGCAAAUCACCGUCGAGCAAUUUGUAUGGCUGUGCUUCAAUCGGACCUACGUAUAUAAAAGUCUGGUGCUAGUCGUGUGGACAUUAGUUACUUAAGACGCACUGCGGACGCUUAGAUAUGAAAGCUAUAUUCACUAUUAUCGUUAUUAUUGGUGUACUCCUUGACUUUGGAGCAACUUCGCCAACACCGUACUUUAUUCGUCCACGCCCAAUCGGAUGGAUCGUGGCUGUACCUGUGCCCUAUCAUGGACAUCACCAUAGAUACCAUGGCUACCACAGGUAUCGCGGCCCCUAUCAACGCCAUGGGUAUUGGUGAAAAGUAUUACAAACAACUAUCAGAACUCUAAUAAAUAUAGUAACAAUAUUUUAAUAAAAGCAAAGGUGUAAAUUAAUUUUUAAAAAAUAACACUAAAGAUUAACAAAGUAAAUUUUCUGGUAAUUAAAAAUGCAA